AUGUCGGGAGAUAAAAAUUUUAAUGGCAACUCAAUUGAGAUAUUGGAUUCAAAAAUUGAAAAUAAUAAAGAUUGUCAAGAAUUAAAGGAUUUACAUAGUAUUGAAUAUCUUUAUCAGUGUGAUUUUACAGAAAUUGGUGGCGUUGUUAAUAUUGAAAAUGUAACUAAUAUUGUUGCAUUGGACUGUGAAUUUGUCGGAGUUGGAAUCAAGGGAAAAAAUAAUGCUUUGGCUCGAGUUUCUAUUGUCAGUGACAAAAGAGAAAUCAUUUAUGACAAGUAUGUUAAAGUGUUAGAACCAGUUGUUGAUUAUAGAACUUAUGUUAGUGGAAUUACUCCCAAGCAUUUGGAGAAAGGUGAAAACUACUUUACUGUCAGAAAUGAAGUCAAAUGCAUUUUAGAUGGGAGAAUUAUCGUUGGUCAUGAUCUACGAUCAGAUCUUAAAGCUUUAAAGAUGCCUCAUUUUCCAAAUUCUUAUAUCCGUGAUACAGCACGUUUUCCAGGAUUUGAUAAAUAUAAAUCUGAUAGAGAAAGAUCCAUUUCUCUUAAAAAUCUAAUGAAAAGAGUCUUUCAAAUUGACAUCCAAAGAGGUUCACAUGAUUCUGUUGAAGAUGCAAAAAGUGCCAUGAGACUUUAUAACACAUAUAAAAAUGAUUUUGAAUGCCGAUAUUCUGCAUCCAAAUACUCGAAAAAUUUACAAAUAUCACUUAAAGAUUAUUAA